AUGAUUUCAGAAGCGUUCAAAGAUUUUUUAGCGAUACCAGGAUCUAUUUGCACAGUAUUACAACUUUUAUGGCACAUACAGCUUUUGGUUAAGAUGUGGAUGAAUGAUAAAAGAUAUUUUUGUGAUUAUGGAGUUUUGUUUAUCACUGGAGUAUAUUUAUGGAGUAUUGUUGAAGAAGACAAACAAUUGGCGACAAAACAAAUUGGUUUUUUGAGCUGUGGGUUCACUAUUUUAUUUUUUGCGUCUCCUCUGACUAUGCUGGUACAUCUCUUACGAGUGAAGACAUACCUAGAGCGCGUAUUUUAA